UGUUGCGCAGUUGUCACCAUGGUAACAGACAACAUCCGUCUCUACCCGUGAUAAGAACAAAACAGACAAAACAGAUUAAAACAACAACAUUGAAGCAUUUCGCAAGUAACCUAUUGUUUUCCUCGACGAUUGGUCAACAAAGACACAGAAACAAAACAACAAGAAAGGUGGCAUUGGAAAAAAAACCUUCAGUCAACAAUCUUUUUCUGCUGCUUGCCAAGCCAACAAUUGAGGAUCAUGGUAAGUUUUUGUUUUUUGUUUUUGGUAAAAAAUGUCAAGUUUUUAGCACAACAAAGUUCAAUACUUGGCCAUUUAAAUAAUUUUAUAUUAUCCCAAAUUAUAUUGUGAUGUUAUUGAUGGAAUUUGCCAUUACUGGGAUCAAAUUUCAAGUGUUCAAGAAGCAGAUCUUAUACCCGCCGGUACCGUACCAAAGCCCCUACCUCCCAGGUAGAUGAAUCUCUGUUCGGGAACCCAACAAGGGUGAGUUCUACAUCAGUAAAUCAGUAUAAAAGCUUUCUUUUAAAACGGAUUUUCCAGUGACACCCCUUAACGAGAAUUUCUCUUCGAGGAUCAAUAAAGUUCUUUCUUGUGUAGGUGGGCUACUAACAACUUUAGUAUAAUGAUCUUGUAAUUCAUCAAUGGUUUAAUACACCUGCCCCUUUGAAAAGGUGCAUAUAAAUGUGAAGUAUUGAGAGGGUUAUCAGAUGUUGAUUAACAAUGGCUGUCAUCACAGAUGGAUGCCAAGAAUCAGUCCAAGCAAGAUAGUGAGACUGUUCAAAUCAUAACCAAAGACCUCAUUCGCCAUCUCAGGUAAGCCAUAUCCGACUUUAGAGACCCAGAAGAAUUUCUGUAAAUAUCUGCUUCUUUGGGAAUUAAAAACACAUAUAUUUCAACAGAGUACAAUUCUAGGCGCUGGACAGAUUAAACCAAAAUAUAUAUCUAUGUAUGUAUGAGUUUGUGUGUAGCAUAUAUGCUUAAAAACAUGUUAUUUUGCCAGGAUCCCAUUGAAGGAUCCCUCAGGAGUUUUCAUGGUUUUACCAUCAGCGGAGUAUAAGCGGAUUGUCUCAGUGUCCCAGGUUCUUACUAAAGAGGAGAGGAAGAAGCUGAUGGAAGCUUCUCGGAGGAAGAAAGAGGAGGAAAUUGUAAGAAAUAAUUAUCAUAGAUUAUCAAAUCUGAGUUGCCAAAAGACACUUAGUGUUUUUUUAAUGUAAUCCUCAUACAGAGAGUAGCACAGGACAGGAAACAUCAAAUCCAUGAAGCUGACCUGGCUAUAAGAGAAAAACAGGAGCUACAAUCUCAAGCCGAUGCACAGUGCUCCGUAGAGCAGGACUUCAGAGCUGAACAAGAGGAAGAGAUCAGAAAGCUCAACACGGUAGGAAGCAGUUUUGUACAUCUGGAUCACUGAAAUUCACAAGUUUCUGAAAAGUGCUCCUCAUGUAAUUUUUGAAACCCGACUCUUAUCCUUGUGUGUGUGUGUGUGUGUGUGUCUGGGAGUUUAGCUGAUUCUUGGUGCUCAGUGUCAAGCUGCACGUGAUACCCAGAUCACAGAGCGGAAACAAAUCCAGACAGAGUUGUCAGAGGAGGAGAAACGCCUUGAUAACAUGAUGGAAGAAGAGCGCUUGAGAGCAUUAGAGACCAUGGAGCAAAGUGAUGAGCUGCGCAAACGCAGGAGGAUGAGGUUAGAGGAGUUUUACCAAAGAAUUAAGAGAUGCUUCCUUUCCUAAUGUGGCUAGUGAUAGAGGCAAGAAGCCUCUAUUUUAUUAUGUUGUUGUUUUUUUUAAUCUCUGUGAUGUAUUUCAGUGGGAUGCAAGAAAUUUACAACCAAAUUCUACAGCGUCUCGAGGAAAAGCAAUUACUUGAAGAAAUGAAAGAGCAGGAAAAGCAGCAAAUACAAGAAAAACAGGAAACCAUAAACCUGGAAGAUCAAAAGGUGCAGUUAAAGCAAAAUAAAAACAAAACAAAAAAAUAAAACAUUUACCCCAAUUAGGCUCAGACUUUUAUGCCGCAGAACUUGAAUUUGAGCGAGUUUUUCUUGCUGGUUGUCUUCUUCCAGGCCCUUGAGAAGAAGAGGGAUGAGCAACAGCAACUGCAGAAGGAGAUCAUGCGCAUCAAUGCUGAGACCAUGCAGGCCAAGAAGCAAAGACAAGAGGAGGAAAAACGGGCUGACAUGAGAAUUAUGGAAUACAUCCAAAACAAACUGGUUAGAUAAAAAGCAUACGGUCUCUGUGUAUAAUCACUAAACUCUGUAGGAUCAGUAGAAAAUACAAAUUGACUAACAGUAAAUAAAAGAACAAUCGAAUUCUGUGAAAUCGCUGUUUAUAUCAUCUUUGGAUCAUCUUAUUGUUAAGCUAAUCUUCUAACUUAAAAUGUUUUUUUUUCCAUCCAAUGACCUGACCUGAUCUAUACAGGAACAGGAGGCAGCAUACGAAGCGGAGCAGAAUCGCAUCAAGAAAGAAAAGGAGUUAGAGAUCACCAGGAUGAGGGCUCAGCAACAAAGAGCAAAAGACUACAUUGCCAUGCAGGUCGGGCACACAACUACUGACCAACCACUGCCACAGAAUUUGUAUCUACUGAAUAAAAAUCUGUAACACAGUAAAAUAACACUGGAUCACAUCUACGUUCCACCUAGACAGGUCAAUGGAAAUUGAGGCAUUAGAGAGUUAAAUUUUUGUGCUUGUGUCAUUGGAAGGAUGAGAUCCGAAUGCGAAGGAACCAAGAAGUUGCAGACAGAGAAUGGAGAAAAAAAGAAAAAGAUCUCGCUGCAAAGAAAGUACGAGAGGAAGAAAUGCUACGAGUGGCUCGCUUGGAGCAGGUUCACUGCAAAGAGCACUUCCUGGCGAUUGAGGCUGCCCGGGAGAAAGCAGAAGUGAAGCAGAUGCUUAAGUAAGAAAUCUGUUGUACUUAAAAUAUAUAGAUUUGCACAGGCUGUAAUAUUUGUUUAUAUUUCUUCAUUUAUUUACAACUAGUCAUGUGUUUUAAUAAAGUUAGUUUUGGUUUCCUUUUUCCACAAAGGGCACAAGAAGAAGUGAUCAAAAGACUGAAAGAGGAGGAGGGAAAACAUCACAAGAAUGCCAAGCUUCAUGCAGAGGCUCUCCGGCAUCAAGUAAAGGAGCGAGAAAUCUCAGCCGUAGCUAAACGCAGGGAGAUAUUGAAGGAGGCUGAAGAUUUGAUUCUGGAGGCCCAGCAGAGACGUGUGCGUCUUGAUGAGAUAAAAGAAAAGAAACUGAAGGCGCUCAAGUAAGUAUGGGGCUGAUCUUUUGACAGAGGGAACGAACUCUUGGUUUACUUGUGUUAAAUGAAUAAACCUGUUGUGUGUUUGUGAACAUCCAGGGCUACAGGGCUCUCUGAAAAGUACUGCAGUGAAGUGGAAAGGAAAGCCAGAGUGUGCUUACUCUGACUCAAUCACAACCCGGAGUUGUAUGAAGCCUCAUCACAGCAGGAAGUAGCACUACUUGUCCACUAAUAAAGAUUUCUUUAACCUCAAAGGUUUUCAUCUUGUCUUCGUUGAAGUGAAGUGUUUUCGAUGUCUCUUUCAGGUGCAGUUCCUUUCUCUUGAAAGACUGAUUGUACAGGAGACCGGAUACAAUUUUACAUUUUUAUUCAGUCUAGUAUUUCCCUUUCAGUCAAUUUAUAUAUUUCCACUUAUUAGUGACCAGGUCCCCACUUAUCACUAAUAUGCAUGGCAAAAGGAAUUCAACUUAGGGUUAGGAUGACACUUUACAUACACUUGAGAGCAUGUAGGGAAGUUAAGAACAUCAAGAUAAAUACAGUCUAUUAUUUAGGAUCAUUCUUGACAAAGAACUAUGUAUACUUAGACAUAAUUUAUUCAUCUUAACCAUCUAAACAUGUAACAUAUAGGAGUGCUUCUGGAUCUAAUUAAACUUACAUUAGACACCAAAGGUUCCAUCUGCCUGUAUUCUUCCCUAUCCUUGUUUGAUACACUCGAAAUGCUUAACAAGAGAGGAAAUAGGACAGAAAGGUGGGGUCCCGUUCUAAAAGUUUGAACUUUGUCAUUUUCACAUCUGUACACACAAAAAAAGAAACGGUGACCAAAAUAAACAAAAAACACAACACCUGGCAUACGUAGGCCUCAGCACGAGUAGGGUUCCGAUUAAAUACACACACAUACAAUACAGUUAAAGAGUUAAGGGCCCUUGGGUGUGGUAGCCGUUGUCCUGUCCUUGCACAUACACAUAUACAAUCACACAUAAACACUGUACACAGCACAAGAGGUCACCUCAAUACAUGGAUCUGAUGGAGAGCUAACAUCUAAAAGGAUGGAUAAGGGUGGCCCAGAACAGGCUGAGAUGAAGUUAAAUGCCCAUUUAGACCAUCAAGUCACACCCCCACUUACACACAAACAUACCCUCAUUCACACAGUAACACACAUUUUAAACUCCAUAAAGCUACACACCUGUGCAGAUUAUACGAUCAUUACAUGGUGUUGCUUGCUAUAGCCAUUAAAAUGGCAAUAUACUUUGUCGAAAUAUAUGUAAUACUAUCUUUUACUCAGAAUAUACAAUGGUAAAAUGCAUUAUACAGACAAAUGAGACAAUGUGUAUGCUGUUCACAUAUUCAGUACAUUAGAGAGCUGCAUCUCUACAAUACUGUCUUCUUUAGUGCAAAAUCCAUUGCUGUCUCUCCUACUUCAAAGGUUAAUUGCCGAGCUUGAGCAAGCUGACUUCAGCAUGAAGCAUAAACCAAUUUUAAAAAAGACAAACAAUUGUAAAUAUAUAAUAAAUAUGGAAUGUGAUUUUUGUCUUUCAAACAAUGCUAAUUAAAGUCCGUCAAUGCAUUUUAAAGUUUGUAAAAGAACAAAAUAAAAAUUAAAAAAUACAUAAAACCAAAGUACGUAGUUGCCUGCUUGAAGCUCUUGAGAGCAGAAGACCGUGGGAAGCUGGUGAGUUACCCAAAUGGAGAAAGAGCAAUGGUUAAGAUGCAAAGGACUACAGCCUUUAUACAUGAGGAGUGGAGGAAGGCUGGAGCUUGAGGGGCUGGAGAUGGAGUUGUGGGUGUUCACAUGCCGUAGCCAAAGCCGGGCUGCUGUGGCUGACCAUAAGCUGGUGCUGUAUAGCCGUAACCAUAAGCCUGCUGAGGGGGCACUGCCAUGUUGGGCCCUGCUGUGAGCAUGAGUUGGGGCGUCCCUGCACAAAAGAAGCAUCAGAGUAAGUAGUAUACAGAGUAUGACUGUUGUUGUUCACUAGAGCUCCUUUUGCACAUGCAUUGAACUCCUGAAAAUUUCUUGAAAUCACUUAGGUGGACCUAAUUGUUAACCCUGAGUUUAUCCAAGCUUUAUCCUGCCAGCCCAGGGAGGCUGUCUUGUAAAAGCGGUUAAAACAGAUAAAUAGAUUGGGAUGAAGACAAUCUGCCUAAGCCAAGUGAGCAGCUCGAUGCUAUAUACUUCCCUCAGUUGUCAGCAUAUUGUAUUUCAUUGUUGUUUUUGUGUUAUGGUCAUGUCCUCAUACAUGUUGUAGUGAUAUUAACUCAGAGGCAGUCACCAUUACUGACGACUCCUGACCCCUCAGCUGCCCUUCCUGUAUCUAAAUCGAAAUACUAGGAUUUCAAGUUUGGUGUCUGAUACAGAUGAUCCCUCUCUGUGAGAUUUUAUCAAUAAUAAGAGGGCCAGAAUGUCUGAAAUGUAUCAACAAAUAGUCAGGAGUUUGUGUUAAAGGGAUAUUCCGGAGUAAAAUUAAUUUAGGGUCAAACACACCGUAACACUAAGUUAGACACCUCAUCGAGAGAUGAAUGUUGCUGACCGCUUGCUUCUCUAGUUAUACCAACUUUAGAAACGACCGCACGAUAGCAAUACACAACAGUCUGAGGAGCCACAAACAAACCUCAAUCAAAACACCACUCUAUAGCCACAAAUAACACUGUAAUACAGCUAUUCAAUCAUUAUCUGCAGUAGUGUUUUUACCGUAGACAAUGGGUUGAGACUCGGUUGCCUGCUCCUCCUGUUUCCUCAGGGACUCGGAGGCCUCAAGCUUGUCAACCUGUGAAAAACACAUCCCAAUCGGCACAGUCAGACUCUGGCUAAAGCAUGUUGGGCCCCUGAAGACCAAGGGCUAAGAUGCCUACUUUUGCCAAACUGACCUCUGGGUUAUUUCACUGGCUGACGGAUGGGACCAUUCCUGUCAGGUGAAGAUGAAUGCAGUCCAGAUUUAAAUAAAACAGACUACAGGAGGCAGGUUUGCUAAUGUGUUGGAAAAGAACAACCGCAACUGGGAACCAAAUGGCUACUCUAAUCAAGCAUGGUUAGGACAGUUACUACAUUUUUGUGAUUAAAAAGUAGAGAUAGGGAGGGAAGAACAGGACAAACGUGAAGUUGGCAAUAAUGGUCCCACCAUCCAGCCACCCAUAUCCACUUCUGUGUUCUGUUGUAAAUGCUGAGUAUGCAGAGAACAAACUCUUUGCUUAUUCAAAGACACAAAUUUACAUUUUUGACCUAGUUUAAUGUUAGUAGAAUAACAAAUCUAAUCUACAUUUUUGCAUAGAAGUUUAUAGAUAGAAAAGUAUAAUAAAACUUGACAUAAUUUAGAAUUUAAAGUUUUUGAAGUGGUAAUUAUAUGUUUAAGAUGUAACCUUAAACAUUACAUUAAAUGAUGUAAAGAAAGGUAAAUGCCUGAUUGUGAAAACCAGGCUCUGCAAAUGCACUGAGCAAACAAGCAAAUUUACACAUGUCCCAUGUUGCACUUUCUUGUUUUCCACUUCUUCUUAUAUGUAUUUAUUUUGAACAUUUUGCCUUUUUGAGAGGCCAGCUGAAAACAGAGUGAUUGUGGGGAGAAUAGAAAGUGGAAGAUGAAAUGCAAGAAAUGUCAUGGCCAGGAAUCAAAUCAAGGACCACUGGAAAGAGGACUAUAGCCUCAGUUCGUGGGACACGCUGAAACUGCAUGGCCGAGUCGCCGAGACCAACCCAAUUUUUUUUCCCCCAAGGAAAUUUUCAUUAAUAAUUUUCACUGACCUUGUUUAGAUUAUAGGUAUAAAAAGUAACUAGUAUAUAAUUAAAUUGCCAAAAAGAACUUUAUUUUUAUGAUUAUUAUUUCUCCUAUUGUUACAAGAUUAAAUCUUACCGAGCUCAAAAAGUUAAACAAUCUUAACCUGCUUUAUUAUUCAAACUUUUUUCAGUGGCUGUAUUACAUCUGUAGGCAACCAGCAACUGACAAUCAAACUAGAGAACCCUGAUUUCAAUAGUACUAUAUCAUGCUGAUUAUGUUAAAAUUAAUUGCAAAUAAAAAUGAAAAAUUGCUGUUAUGAAAAAAUCUCUGGUAACAAGCAAAUAAACCAACAUCAAGAAAAUUUUAAAAAAUAUUCAGUUGCCUACUUAGUUUUUGAAAAAUUAAAUAAGAUGAAUGAUUACUUCCCCUGAGUCAGUUAAAAAUAUUUUCGUUGAACCAAGAUCUAAGAAACUUUGAGUAGAUAUUGCUAACACAAUGUUGGGCAGUAAUUGAUUACAAUGUGACCUUCAUGGAUUGGAUAUAAUGUGGUCUAAUCCACCAAUUGGUAUUUAUCAGUUUGGAUUUGAAUGGCUAUGACUGCUUCUUAACAUUUGAGCUUUUAUUCAUAGCGAUGCAUUACUCUCCACUUUCAACAAAGUAGUGACACAUGAAGUAUAAGUUUAGUGUUGCCAAUGGGUACAGUGGCAAAAUGCCCAUUGUUUUAUUUUCUUUUUAAAAAACUCAAUUUCACUGCUUUUAUCAGACAGACUGUUAAGUAACAAUGUGUAUGAUCAGUUCUCUACAUACUCUGAUUUUUUUCAACAGACAGUCUACUUAGCUAGGCUGUCUUUAAAAGAGAGGCUAUUUUUUUUCCCCGAAG